AUAAAAUAAUUGAUAUUGGUAGCAUAGCUAAAACAGUUGAAGCAUUAAAAAAGUCAAAAAAUCAGCCACCAGGUUUCGAAUCCUUCGAGAUAACCCGCGAUGAAUUGAUUGAUCCAUUUAUUGAAAUGGUUAGUAAUUUAAGAGGAAAUAAACCGUAUAGAGAAAAAUUAGAUCCUUUACCCAAUUUAGUGCGGGAUACUAAUUUAGAAAAUGAUGCUAAAAAACUAUCUGAAGUCUAUCAAGAUAUAAUUCGGGGUG